CCAAUUUGGCAGAAAAACGCCAACCUGGCAACCCCAGGGCAGAGAAACAGAGAGGGGCGGGGCUUUGGUUGCUAAGGUUGACGGCUGGCUGUCAGUCAAAAUAUGAGCACUUCCUGUAAGAGAAUGGAAGGACACGCCCAGCGCUCAUUCCUGCCGGGACCCGGAAGGGAGCGGAUCUGUCUGCAGCUCUGAUAGAAUGAGAUUUAGUGGAGGUAAAAUGCUUUUGUGAGGCCCCUCCCUCCCACAAGGAGCCAAUGGGAAUGUGGGAGGAAGCGAGUGACCCAGUGAUGGGGAAGAAGGAUAAAAAUGAGGAGCGGAAGGAGAGAAUCCUGAAUCUCACACUGGAGAUUAUCUAUCUGCUGACUGGAGAGGGCUACGUCAUCCCUAAGAAGAAGAGCCCAACUGUGGGUUUGGGGGCCCUGCAUGCCCCUGGCUCCGUCAUACAGAAGGAAAAUGACAAGAAGAUCCUGGAACUCAUCUCCAACAUCAUCCAGCUGCUGACUGGAGAGGAGUGGGAGUAUAUAAAAGGAAACCAGGCCCUUUACAGGGAAGGGAUAAAGGAGGAGGAGGAGCCCCAGCAGCUCCGCCCACUGGGUGAGUAAUGGGUGAAGGGCACAAAAUGGAACCUUAUUAAGCACAAAGCUGAAUGCUUAAUAUCAUAUUAAUAAGCUGUGCACAUCUCCUCCACCCAAACCACGCCAUUUUUAUUGCAUAUAUCAUUUCUGUUCACCAGCAUCAUCACGUUCUCCUAAAACAAAUAGCAGCUUUCACGUGGCGGCCAUUUUCCUGCUCACACAUCAUCAGUGACAUUUACAUCUGCAUACAGUACAUGUGUGCUGUAAAGUUAAUGCAAUGAAGAAUGCAGGCUUACAGAGGCAGAAAUGUCCUGCUAGGCCAUUUAUUAACCGGAGUUGAGAAAAACUGAGCAUGCUCAGUAGCCAAGAGCCAAAGUAGAUUCCUAAGGGAGGGGGCCAAGUGGGUUAACAAUUAGUUAAAAGACCCCCAUCAUGCAAAAAUUAAUUUUCUCUCACUUGUAUCUCUGCCAGACGGUGAAUAUGAAGAUAAGAGAGAGAUUCCAGCUGAUCUGGGAGGAACAUUAUGUUAUAAUAAUGAGCCAAGCAAGAUUGGGGCUGAAGGAGCAGAUUUUUGUGCCGACGGAAA